AUGCAUGUCUUGGGAUUUUUUUAUGUUGCAUAUUGUUCCUUCUGUGGAUCACCCGAUCGCACAGGGGGUUUGGUGCAAGGAGGCCAAAAUUGUAUUGGGAAGAAUAGAAGGGCAUUGAGUGCUAUUAAUGCGAACAUAACUGGAGUUCCCCCUCCCCCUCGUGCUGUUGUAAAACGAGGGACCCUGAAAGAGAAAACCGACGCCUGUAGUAAGAAUCAUGUUCCUGUUCACCGUCCUGUCACUAGGAGGUUUGCUGCACAAGUGGCUGUCAAAGAGCAGCAUCCAUCACUUGAGAAAUUAAAGCCAGCCGUGGUGCAAUCAAUUUCGACCACAAACAGUGCGGAGGACUGUAUUAUUAUAGACGCCAUAGAUGAAGAGGAUCAAAAUGACGUGCCCAUGUUCGUGCAGCAUACAGAAGCUAUGCUUGAGGAAAUUGAUAGCAUGGAUGUGGAAGUGGAAAUGGAGGAGAUUGAUGGGGAUGAUGAGCCUGUGGUUGAUAUAGAUUGUGUCGAUAAGAAAAACGCGCUUGCGGUUACUGAGUACAUUGAUGAUAUACACGAUUAUUAUCUGAAAACUGAGAGAACAAGUUGUGUGCCACCAAACUACAUGGCACAUCAAUCUGAUAUCAAUGAGAGAAUGAGGGGAAUCCUUAUCGACUGGCUGAUUGAGGUGCACUACAAAUUCGAGCUGAUGGACGAGACAUUAUAUCUGAUGGUGAACAUAAUCGAUAGAUUCUUGGCAGUGAAAACCGUGUUGAGAAAGAAGCUACAGCUUGUUGGAGUUACUGCUAUGCUCCUUGCUUGCAAAUAUGAAGAGGUUUCUGUACCGAUUGUCGAUGACCUUAUUUUCAUAUCCGAUAAGGCUUACUGCCGUCAGGAAAUUCUUGAUAUGGAGAAACUGAUGAUCAACACAUUGCAAUUCAAUCUGUCUUUGCCCACUCCAUAUCCGUUCAUCAGACGUUUUCUUAAAGCCGCUCAAUCUGACAAAAAGUUGGAGAUGCUAUCCUUCUUCAUAACCGAGCUUUGCCUCGUCAGUUACGAGAUGCUUAAGUUCCCGCCUUCUUUGUUAGCUGCGGCUGCAGUUUUCACGGCUCAAUGCACUCUGAACGGACGUAAGCAGUGGAGCAAAACGUGCGUGAGUUACACGAGUUACAGCCAAGACCAGCUCAUGGAAUGUGCUAAAUUGAUGGUGGAUCUGCACCGGAAGGCGGGGACCGAGAAGCUUACUGGAGUGCACAAAAAGUACAGCUGUUCUAAGUAUGGCCAUGCUGCUAAAAUCGAGCCUGCUCAUUUUCUCGUUGAUGACCGGUUUUUCUGAGAUGAUUUGAUUCGGUUUCAUAAUCUGGGGUCCGAUAAAAUGUGUGUUUUUUUGUUUGGAGGGUCUGAAAAUCGGACAACGAUGAGUUGCCUGUUGUUUGCUGAUGAGUUUUUCUUGGGUGUUCUUUUUUUUUUUUAAGAUUCUUGGUUUUUUAAGCAAGUACAGGCAAACACUUACUGAUGGUAGUUUCUUUUUUUUCAGUUCACAAGAAGAUUGCUUUUUUAUUAGUUCGGGGGUUUUUUUCACUACAAAUUUACUGCAGUUUUGUGAAAUGAAAGGAGAACCCCUAAUAGUUUAAUUGGAACUGCAAAUUGAUUGAGGAAUUUGAAUAUGUAUAUGGGGCACUCUCAGUUGAAAAAAUAGACUUUUGAGUGUAACUGAAUUGGGGGAUAAAAUUAUUCUUUAAUUAAUAAAAAUUAGGAGGAUGGAUUCGCC